GUUUUCACCCCCACAUUUCCGCCAAUAAAUUAUCGUCCCAAAACCUUCCCCCAUUUUUUCUCACCCACACUCUACUCUGCUGCUCUGCUCCUACUCUGCUUUCCCACGUUCGCCUUCUUCACCACCUUCUCCCCUUUUCCCCCAUUCUUUGACAAAUUGAUACAAAAAAGAAAAGAAGGGAAACUUUUGCUUCGAUUUCUGCCCAGCCCCAGCCCCCUUCAUUAUUAUUUCCUUCAAUGCUGCCCUGUUCUUCUUCUUCUUCUUCCAGGUUCCACCAUUACUGCAUGGAAUAUUUCAGUGUCGUCUUGCCGUUCCUCCUCAUUCUCUCCUCACUCUUUACUCUUUCCGAAGGGGGAUCGAUAGGAGUGAAUUAUGGCAGAGUAGCGAAUGAUCUUCCGUCAGCAGUCAAAGUAGUGAGGCUUCUAAAAUCCCAAGGCCUGGAACGGGUUAAGGUGUACGACACCGACCCGGCCGUGCUCAAAGCUUUAUCCGGCACCGGCAUCAAGGUGACGGUGGACUUACCGAAUGAACAGCUCUUCACCGCCGCACGACGGCCGUCUUUUGCCUACUCCUGGGUGGAGAAGAACGUCCUUGCCUACCAUCCCUCCACCCAAAUCGAAGCCAUUGCCGUGGGUAACGAAGUAUUCGUGGAUACCCAUAACACGACCCGGUUCCUCGUACCCGCCAUGAAAAAUAUCCAUGCUGCUCUCGUCAAGUAUAAGCUGGAUGACGCCAUUAAAGUUUCCUCUCCGAUUGCUUUAACCGCCCUCCAGAAUUCGUACCCGACUUCGUCGGGUGCAUUCCGAUCUGAGUUGAUUGAACCCGUUUUCCGGCCAAUGCUGGAGUUCUUCCGUCAGACCGGGUCGUACCUGAUGGUGAACGCGUACCCGUAUUUCGCCUACGAGUCCAACUCCGACGUCAUCUCCUUGGACUACGCGCUCUUCCGGGAAAACCCGGGAGUGGUGGAUUCCGGCAACGGCCUCCGUUACUUCAACCUGUUCGACGCUCAGAUCGACGCCGUGUUCGCGGCGAUGUCAGCGAUCAAGUACGACGACGUCAGCAUCGUCGUGACGGAAACCGGGUGGCCGUCGAAGGGCGACCCGAACGAACUCGGGGCUUCAGUGGAGAACGCAGCUGCGUACAACGGAAAUUUAGUCAAACGUGUGCUCACUGGUGGUGGGACCCCUUUGAGGCCUCACGUAAAUCUGACCGUCUAUUUGUUCGCGCUUUUCAACGAGAACAAGAAAGUCGGGCCCACUUCCGAGAGGAAUUAUGGACUGUUUUACCCUGAUCAGACAAAGGUCUACGACAUCCCGUUCAAUCUGCAGCAGCUGAAGAAUUACCGAGAUAGCCCUUCCGGUGGGAGCGGAAACAACAGGAUAUCCAAGGGUAAUAAUGGAACUGUGGGCGGGUCGUCGGCCACACACGGGCACGGGUAUCCGGGUCAGACUUGGUGCGUGGCGAAUGGGGAUGAGGUAAAAGAGAAGCUGCAGGCGGCUCUAGAUUUCGCGUGUGGGGAAGGCCGUGCUGAUUGCCGUCCGAUCCAGCCUGGGUCCACGUGUUACGAUCCCAACACCCUUGAAGCCCAUGCCUCCUUCGCUUUCAACAGCUACUAUCAAAAGAACCGCCGGGCCGUGGGUUCAUGCUACUUUGGUGGAGCUGCCUACGUCAUAUCCAUUCCCCCUAGUAAGUCCUGUUGAUUUCUUUUUUUUAAAAAAAAAAAAAAAAUUGAAAAUGACAUUAUUAAAUGGUGAAAUGUUGUUUUUACUGUGCUGUUGUUUUUAUUCUCUGGUUUUGGGGACUUUGGUAAAAAUGUCAAGUUGGGAUCGAAGGUAAAAAAGAAAAAGAAUGAUUGAAAUGCGCUGGUGACCACUUUUUUUCAUUUCCCACUUUUGUUGGGUAAUAACUGCGGCGGUGGGGUCCAGGGUGUUUUCUGGUACAGUAUGAUACUUUGAUGGCGCCAAAUAUUUAGUGGGUAAUUAAUUGCUAAAAAAGCCAAUUGGGGUGCACGUGAUUGACUGAGAGCCAUUUUUGUUUAGUAGUAUGGAAGCACUAGUAUGUUGUUUACAUGUGUUUUUUGACUCUUGUCUUAUUAAUGCCAACUUAAAUUAUUUGGUAAUUCAUUUGGCUAAAUUAAUUGCUCUAUCGGAACGAGAAUAUGAAAGGAUGUUAAUAUUCUGAAAAUGGAUUGUUUAUUUAAAUAGGUGUGGAUGACAAAAAAGAAAAAGAAAGAGUUGAGUGGGAUGGGAUCUAACGAAGAUGUUUUUGUUUGUAUUUUGCAGAAUAUGGGAAAUGUGAAUUUCCCACCGAGUAUUGAGAUAAGAUUUGGCAGAUCGGUGGAGAAUAUUUGGGAGACCGAUUGAUGAUGAUGAUGAUGAUGCUGGUUCUUGGUAUUUGGUAGCAUUUGGAGACUAGUUUAGUUGUAGUAGUGUUAAUUGGAUUUCUAACGAUCUUAUUUUUGUGUUUCUUCAACAAAACAUUUUUUUUUCUCCCCCCUGUCACCUAAUGUAAUUAAUUAUUAAUUUAUAAUAAACAGUCGAUGCUUACUUUAUUCCCUAGAGAUCAAGGUGCUGGAUAUUUUGUAGUUAUUUUUUUUUAAUUAUUUUUCUUUUACCUGUUUAGGGUCUCAUAAUUUCUAUGAAUUGUGGAGUUUCUAUA